GUCAUAAAGUUAUUUUUUCAAAAAUAUUAGCAUUUUCUCUCUUUCUUCCCUUUUUAUUAUUAUCUUAAAGAUAAGAUGGAUACACAAAUUCCUAUAUUGAGUCCUAACAAUAAUAUUGAUGAAUUUGAAGAUUUGGAAGUGACACAAUUUGAUGAAGACACACUAAGAAAAUUAUUAUUUGAAGAAGAAUUACAACCAAAUUAUGACAAUAUUAAUAUUGUCCAAGAUUGUGUAAUACAACCAAUGGUGGUUGAUAUGGCUCCGAAUUUCUCGAAAAUCGAGGAGGAGAGGGAGGAGGAGGAGGAGCUUGUAAUCGAAGAUUUCGAGUGGCUAGAAAUGAUGGAAUUGUCAGAUACAAUUGUCUCCCACGAGGGAGUAAACGAGAUUUUCGAUGUGGGAGAAUUAGAGUUUGAUUUUUCUCAUUUUUGUUCUUCUUCAAUUCCUAUGGAAGAAAUAGGAUAUGAUGUUUUGUGGCAAAACAACUUAUAAUAGUAUUAUUAUUUUAAUAAAAUCAAUUAAAUUA